AUGGAUAUGUCAUUCUACGAUGACGACUCAAAAAAUAUUAAUGCGCUUUUCGAAGCAAAAUGCAAUUAUGAGUCGAAAAAGAACUCAUUAGGUUUCCAGAAAGAAUCGCUUCAAAGGUUGCACAGCCAAAUCAAAGACCAAGAAACGAUAAUCACCCUGCUAGGUCAAGGAUAUUUUGUAGAAUUUAGCAAUGAAAAAGCUUCUGAGUUCUUUCGGAGAAAAUUAUCGUCAAUAAAUAGUAUUAUUAAUGAUUUGGAAGAGAAAAUCAGGAACAUAGAUCAAGUCAUGAGGACAGAAUUAAAUUUCAAAAGUACAGAAGAUAUAACUUCAAAGGAUAUCCCUUUAGACCAUUCACAGAUUGUUGAAAUCGAAGAAGAAUUGGACGACAAUGGUAAUGUAGUAAGUGCAAAACUCAAUGACCAGCUUGUUAAGGUAAACUCUAAACUUCCUCAAGAAAGAGAACAAUCAAUCGUGAUGAAAGAACAAAAUUCGCUGAUUGGGAGAACAUCUGAUCAGGGCUUGAACACACAACAGCAAAAUCUUCAGGCCUCCAAUCCGAAAGACAAUGAGGAAUUGCUCUUGCUUAUGAAUGAUAUGGAAUUAUUAAGUAAGAAAGGAACGAUUGAGGAUCUGAAGUUGGACAACUUAAUGGAUAAGAUUGAUGAACUUAAAAUUUCAGCAGAACAUAAAUUUAUAUUAAAAAGUUCGCUUAUUAAUGAUGAAGCUGAUCAUGAUCAACAAGAUAAAGGUAAUUUGAAUACUCAUGGGCUGACAAUCGAUACUCACGACAUAUUAGAAUUAGAGUUAUUGGCCGAUGAGCUUGCCGACUCUGAAGAUAAUGAAAACUUACAGGCCGAGAAUGAAGAUUUUGAUCUUCAAUAUGAAGAUGAUGACUUCGAUGAUUCAGAUGAUUUUCUAUAUGGAGAUAAAAAAUCAUCAAUCUUCGGUUCUUCAUCGAGCUCUAGAAAAAAUGCGAACGAUUUACUAUGGAAUCAGAUAACCGACUUAAGAAGUCAGAGGAAGAUUGAAAAUACAAACUCGAAGAAAGCGAUUCCUGUAACAGAACACAAGUCUAUUUUAAAAACGAGAAAUGAUAAAUCUAAAAAUGAUCACAAAGCAGUUUCUUUCUCAAAUAGUUUAAUUAUUAAUGAAAUAGAAAAUGUUGGUCAAAGUCUUAAAAAUAUUGAACAUUUCCCACAAAAUUUGUCUAAAUACAAGCAAUCAAGACUCUUAAGUAGGGGUUUUGGGGGGAAUCUGGACGAAUUUCAAGCUGAGAAACAAUAUUUUGAUAACUGUCCUCUUCCGGCGACGUCAGAUAUGGAUAUCAACCCCCAAACCCAGGAAAUCCAAGAACGUUUAACGGAAACCCCAGUUCAUCAAGAAGAUAGAGGUACACAGCUGACAGCAUAUAAGGACACUGAUUCCCUAGCGAUGGAGUAUGUUUCCAGCUUGAAUGAUGGAAACCUCGAUGGAGUCAUAGUAGAAAAAGUAGGUGAUUUCGAGGCUUUGAAUAAAAUAAUUCGUUCUUUACAAGAUCUGCAUGGAGAAUGGGAAGAGACUAAUGAAAAGAACGACAUCAAAGACGACGAGCUGGAGGAAGAUAGCAUUGUCCUCGGAGAGGUAAUUGAGAAUGAAUAUGACAGCACAGAAGAUUCAGAAAAUUCCGAAUACCCGGGGGCUGAAGGAAUUGAUUCCAGCAUAUUACAUCAAGAAGUAUCGGCAAAUUAUCACAAGCUAAGACAAAAGCUUGUUUUUGAUCACAAUGUCUUUGGAUAUCGAAAAUCAGAUGAAGAAGCAGAACUAGAGCCAAUUGAUGAAAACGGAAAUCCUAAAAAAAUAAGUAGGUUUAAAGCUGCUAGGCUCAAUUCAUGA